AAGAUGCAGCAGCGGCUCCGGGUGUCGCGGGGCUGGUAGUGGGCAACGCGGGCCGGAGCCGGGCAGGGGACGCCCGCCACGGCAACCGCGCGCUCCUAGCGUCCUAGACCUGCCAGCGGGCUUGGGCCCUUCUUGCCGCUGUCCUGCCUGCCGUCCCCGCCCCUCCACCCUUUUGUGCCGCCGCCGCCCGGUGCCCGGGCUCCGCAGGACCCCGGCCGAGCCCGACUGCCGUGGCGCGCCAGCCCUGCGUGGGCGCCGGAUCGGCGGCCGAUGGCGAGGGGGUGCGGCACGGGCGGGGGCACUGCAGCCAGAAUCCGCGACGAGGGAGGCUCGGCCCGCCUCCACCGCAUUGUCCCGGGCCCUGCUCCCCGGCCCUGAGCCGCGUCGCCGCAGCGCCCGCACGCCGCCUGCUGCCUGCGGGGCCAUGCGGAGGGCCGCCAGGAUGGAGGACUUCACCGCAGAGGAAGAGGAGCCCUGGUACGACCAGCAGGACCUGGAGCAGGACUUGCACUUGGCCGCAGAACUGGGGAAGACGCUGCUGGAGAGGAACAAGGAGCUGGAGGAGUCUCUGCAGCAGAUGUACUCCACCAAUGAGGAGCAAGUGCAGGAGAUCGAGUACCUGACCAAACAGCUAGACACACUGCGGCACGUGAAUGAGCAGCAUGCCAAAGUGUAUGAGCAGCUGGACCUGGCAGCCCGGGACCUGGAGCUGACCAACCAGAAGCUGGUGCUGGAGAGUAAGGCUGCCCAGCAGAAGAUCCAUGGGCUGACAGAGACCAUUGAGCGCCUGCAGACCCAGGUCGAGGAGCUGCAGGCCCAGGUGGAGCAGCUGCGGGGCCUGGAGCAGCUGCGAGUGCGCCGGGAGAAGCGGGAACGCAGACGCACCAUCCACACCUUCCCCUGUCUCAAGGAGCUGUGCACCAGCCCCCGGUGCGAGGAUGCCUUCCGCCUGCACAGUUCUUCCCUGGAGCUGGGCCCACGGCCCCUGGAACAGGAGAAUGAGAGGCUGCAGACCUUGGUGGGGGUGCUGCGUUCCCAGGUGAGCCAGGAGCGGCAGCGCAAGGAGCGGGUGGAGCGCGAGUACACAGUGGUGCUCCAGGAGUACGCGGAGCUGGAGCGGCAGCUGUGUGAGAUGGAGGGCUGCCGCCUUCGUGUGCAGGAGCUGGAGGCCGAGCUGCUGGAGCUGCAGCAGAUGAAGCAGGCAAAGACCUACUUGCUGGGCCGGGAAGACAACCUGGCGGAGGCCCUGCUGGCGCCCCUCACCCAGGCGCCUGAAGCCGAUGACCCCCAGCCCGGCAGCGGGGACGACUCAGGCACCCAGGACGGUGUCUCCUCCCCAGCCGCCUCCCCAGGCCACGCCGUGCGCAAAAGCUGCAGCGACACGGCGCUCAACGCCAUCGUGGCCAAAGACCCGGCCAGCCGGCACGCGGGCAACCUCACGCUGCACGCCAACAGCGUGCGCAAGCGGGGCAUGUCCAUCCUGCGCGAGGUGGACGAGCAGUACCACGCGCUGCUCGAGAAGUACGAGGAGCUGCUGAGCAAGUGCCGGCAGCACGGGGCUGGGGUGCGGCACGCGGGCGUGCAGACCUCGCGGCCCAUCUCCCGGGACAGCUCGUGGAGGGACCUGCGGGGGUGCGAGGAGGGCCAGGGGGAGGCCAAGGCGGGUGAGAAGAGCCUGAGCCAGCACGUGGAGGCCGUGGAUAAGCGGCUGGAGCAGAGCCAGCCCGAGUACAAGGCGCUCUUCAAAGAGAUCUUCUCCAGGAUCCAGAAAACUAAGGCUGACAUCAAUGCCACCAAAGUUAAGACGCAUAGCAGCAAGUGACCCUUCCCGGCCUGCAGCCUCCCCCAGAGGCAGGCCAUGGGUCCCUUGCACCUGGGCCACGCAGCCUCUGGUGAGUGAAGGAGCCCUUUAGCAGCAAUAUACCCCAGCGGGAGGCCGCUCUCUGACCCAGGGAGCAUGUAGGGAAUGCAUGUUCCCUGCUGAUGUGGGAGGCCAUUGACAGGUCCUGCCUCCCAGGACCCUCCACCAUCCCACAUCAGCCCAAAGGCACAGCCAAGAGAGUCUGAAAGCCAAAGGUCCCCACUCCCCUGGGGACUCCCCACUCUCCCAGCCCCCACUUCCUGACCGUGGGCCUCACUCUCAGAUUUGUGGCCAGGCUUCUGAAAACCAUUCUGGACCAGUUGGCUUUCUUUUUUGUUUUUCCCAAAAUUUGGCUUUUUUUUUUUUUUUUUUUUUGGAGAUUUGCAAUGCAAGAUCUCCCUGACCCCUUGCCACAACUGGAAACACUUGAAGGGGGACCCCAGAGCCAGCUGUUGCAGGUUCCAGGGAUCUCCUGGACCAUCCACUGCUUCUCCCCAGCUGUGACAUGCUGCCAUUCCCUUAGCACCAGCUGUCCCAUCCCCAGAGUCCUGACCAGGUCAGCAACAGCCCCUGCUGCGCAGAGCAGAAAGCCUCAGCCACACCUGGGUGGCCCCACCUCCAGCCCUGAUGAGCGCGGGCUACUCCCUGGAGACCCUCAGCCCACUGCAGAUUUGUAGCCAAUCAACUCAGCCAGCCUUCCCAGGUUCCAGCCCUAGAAAUGCCUUCUGGGUAUUAAGCCUUUCAGGGGUCUGGGUGGUGGGGAGCCCCCCAUCUCUGCACACCUCCUGUGAUUCACCAAACUUGACCUCUGCCUGUCCCCAUCUCAGGGACCAUGAUAUGUCUGAAUCCAUGCUCCCCACAGGCCCACCCAACUGCAGGUCAUGCCUGCCACCCCCAGAAUGCCCCGGGUAUGUGCACCAGCCCGUGGUCCCAGCAUCCUCCCCUGCUCCCCUUUACUGGGGACCACCCAAGAUUCUCAGCCCACACUGGACAGUAUUGAAAUGGGACAGGAUGGGGAAUAGGUCCCCUCCUUUCCAAAAAUGCCUGCUUUUAACCUCCCACCUUUGUGAGGGGCUUUUUAGGGCCCAGCCAGGUCAGGGGUUUAAUCUUUUAUUAAGACUUCAGAAGGUCCAGCUUCAGCUAAGAGAUGCCCAGGUCCCCAGCUUGCCCAGAGCCAUUCUUCAGGGCUCCCAGUUCCUACUACCACCCAUCCUGAGACCCUACAAAAUCGGAGGAGCCAUACAAGUGGCCCUGGCCUCUGUGCUGGGAGCCCAGUGGGGAACCUUCAUGCCUUAUGUUUCUAAGGGGUAAAGGGGUUUUCUUAACAAGCAUGCCUGACCUCCCUGGAGGCGCCACCCUGCUCUCCGGGCGGCACUGUGAUGAGAGCUGUCGGCUGGUCCUGCUUUUCACACAUCUUGGAACCUUUUGUCCUUGGGAGCUGGGCAGCUCCCAGAGGUCCAUCCGCAUCCACGCAUCUCUGUCAUCUAGGGUGGAGGGAGUAGGGUGGGACGGGUUGGGGAAGGGCUCCUGCCUGUUUUGCUCCCCAGUUCUGUAGCCGCCGACCAGCGUCAUCUUUGAAGUAUACAUGAGAGAAAUAUAUUUACAAAUGCUUUAUUCUCUUCUUUAAUAAAAAACGCACCAGUAUUCUAAAAGCAGAAA